UCAAUUCCUGCACGGGCAGCCAAGCCAGAGAGACUCAGAGAGACCCUCUUCUCCCUGACUUCCAGGUUUCCCAGAGAGCACCUGGGCCGAAGGCCUGGAAAUUGAUAGGCACAAGUACUCUGUCCCUGAACCUGCCUUUCCCGCUCCUCCGGAGGAGCUCAGUUCCUUCCUUCCCUUCUCUUAGCAUUGCCCAACUGUGCUUGCGACCCUGCGGAGGACGUGUGUUCUCGGUCACCAUCAUCUCUCUAUUUUGUUUCAGAGAAGUGUUCAGAAGCAGGAUCUGAUCGGAAACGCCAGUAACAAGUCCACUAUUCUCCCGGAGCUAUGGAAAAAUCCCCACCAAUCGCCUCCACAAUCAACCUGGAGGAGGACCUCACUUGUUCCAUCUGCCUGGAUCUUCUUGAGGACCCCACCUCUCUUGAGUGUGCUCACAACUUCUGCUCCACUUGCAUCACUGAUUACUGCAGCACAGAGACCCAGGAUGCCCAGUGUUCAGCACAGCCCCGCUGUCCCGAGUGCCGGAGUCCUUUCCAGAGGGACCAGUGUGUGCCGGACACUCGACUCCGGAGUCUGGUGCAGAAGUUUAAGUCCCGGCAGCAGAAGAUGCUGACGUUUUUCCAGGAGGCAAAGGAGCCCAAGGCACUGAAGCUGGUGGACUGCUGCCCCUCAGAGGGCCCCAUCCUCAACAUCGACGCUCUGAAUCACUGCCUGAGGAACCCCAAAGUUCAGGACACCCCUGUCUGCCUUAUCACCGUCCUGGGGGAGCAGCGCACAGGGAAGUCCUUCCUUCUCAACCAGAUGCUCCUGGCGCUCAAGGCGAUGGAAUCUGGCCAGGACAGCUGGAGGCCACAAGGAGGGGAAGACCUGCAGGGCUUCCAGUGGGGAGGAGGAAGCGACACCAUCACAAAGGGCUUGUGGAUAUGGAAUAAGCCAUUCCUGCUGAAGAAGAAUGAGGAGAAGGUGGCUGUGUUCCUGUUGGACAUCGAGGGAUCCAUGGCCCUGGACGAAUGCAAGGAGAGCAAUGUCAAGCUGUCGGCUCUCACCAUGCUGCUUAGUUCCUACCAGAUCCUCAACGUCUUCAGAAUACUGAAAGAGGCAGACCUGGAGUAUCUAGAGAUGUUUCUCCAUGUUGCUGAGACGAUAGGAGAAAUCUGUGGCAUGGAAGCAGUCCAGCACUUAGACAUCUUAGUUCGUGACUGGGGGUACUCAGAAGAGUUUGGAUGGGCGCCGGGGAAGGCAUACAUGAAUGAUAUCAUCCAAAAACAGAAACGGAAACAUCCCAAGGUCUGGAAGAUGCUACAAGAAGCCCGCACCCAGUGCUAUCUUCUGCCCUUCGCAGGGAAGAAUAUGGCAACCAAAAAAGGAGGAAACACAGCUGACAUGGAUGCCGAAUUCUGCAGCUCUCUGCACGCCUACGUCAUACAUGUGUUGGAGUCGGCCAACAAUCACGCGAAGAGAGGCCAGAAAGGCCCGCUCACCGGAAACCAGUUAGCUACGGCGAUUGAGGUACUCUCCGACCUAAUGAAGCAUGAGAAGUUUGGAUUCUCCUCCCCUGUUGAGAUGGCCACUGACUUCAAAAACCGGAUGCUGCAGAAGAUCAAAGAAUUUGAGGAGAUUAUGAAGAAGGAGAAGGCCAUUCAACAACACAACCUGGACCUGAAGCAGAACAAGUUCAAGGAAUUUGAGGAGUUUUUAGGGAAGCAGAAUGAGGCCACAAAGCCACUGUUCUCUGCCCUCCGUAUCCGUCCAAACACCAUGAAGGCAUGCCUAGCCAAAGAGAGGGACAGCAUCUUGGCCUCCUUCUCUGAAGCCUACAUAGGCAAGGACCAGAGAUGGGCCGUGGAGACCCUCCAAGAGAAGAUCCAGGCCAAGGAGGAGACGUUCUUGAAGGCUUAUUUCAAACGUUACUGUGGUCACGUGGCAGCCGCGGGCGGGACUGCAGCUGGGGUGUUGGCCCUGGUUGGAGCUGGGGUGGGGGCUGGUGUGGCAGCAGCUGUCGUGGCAGCUGAGGCUGUUCCACUGAUGUCCGCGGGGAUUGCGGGGGCUGUAGGGGCUGGAGUGGGGGCUGGGGUGGGGGCUGGGGUGGGGACCGGGGUCGGAGUUGGGGUGGGCCAGAGUAGUAGGAGGGCAGAGCAGCAGAAUGAAGAGGAGGAGGAGCUUCUUGAUGCCGAAGAGUUGUGA